GCUCCAGAACCCUAGCUAUGCAGAAGCAGACGGGCAAGUCCGGCGGGGGCGGCGGUUCCUCGUCGGUGAAGCGCGGGCGCCCGUUCGGAAGCACCACCGGAAGCGGGGCCGCCGCUGCAGCCGCGGCGGCGUCCAUCGGCGAUCCGGCGGCGCCGGCCGCCCUCGUCGGGCCCUCCCUCCAGCUCCUCACGGCCCUCUCCGAUCAGAAUAAUAAAAGAAUUGUCCUUGCAUUGCAAAGUGGGUUGAAGAGUGAGAUACUGUGGGCAUUGAACGCCCUCACAGUACUCUCUUUUAAGGAGAAGGAUGAUCUCCGUCGGGAUGCAACACCUCUUGCUAAAGUUCCUGGGCUCUUGGAUGCUCUCCUUCAAGUUAUUGAUGACUGGCGAGAUAUAGCAAUGCCCAAGGACCAUACAAAACCACCAAGAGCAAGAACUUUGGGUGCCAAUAUAACACUGUCAGGCUUUGGUCUUGAAAAUGUUGGACAAGUCUACUCAGACACUGCCAUUCCUUCAAAUGAUCAACCAAAGAUAGAGGACUCCACUAUCACAAAGAAGAGAUCUGCAGGAUUUUUGUUUGAUGAAGAUGGUCUGUUUAAUAUUGAUGAUGAAGGGCGGACAGAGAGGCAACAGUGUGCUGUUGCAGCCUCCAACAUAAUCCGCAAUUUCUCUUUCAUGCCAGAAAACGAGACUACCAUGGUUCAACAUAGACAUUGCUUGGAGACUGUAUUUCGGUGCCUGGAAGACCAAAAUGCAGAAGAUGAUGAGCUCAUAACAAAUAUGCUGGAGACUCUUGUCAAUUUGGCACCUGUGCUGGACCUUCGAAUCUUCAGCUCUUCAAAGCCAUCAUUCAUUCCAAUUACUGAGAAAAGCGCAGUUCAAGCCAUAAUGAGCAUGCUAGACUCUUCUGUGAAGGCGUGGCAUUGUGCUGCGGCUGAAUUGAUUGGGCGGCUAAUAAUUAAUCCAGACAAUGAAUCGUUUCUUCUUCCUGUGAUUUCACAGAUAUACAAGAGGUUAGUUGAUCUGUUGAGCGUGCAAGCAUUCGAUGCACAGGCUGCUGCUGUUAGCGCACUCUACAACGUAUCAGAAGUGAAUAUGGAUUGUAGGCUGAGGCUCGCUAGUGAGCGAUGGGCUGUCGACAGACUUCUCAAGAUCGUGAAGGCACCACACCCAGUUGCCGAGGUUUGCAGGAAAGCAGCGGUGAUAUUGGAGAGCCUUGUCUCUGAGCCUCAAAACAGGAUGCACCUCCUCGUCCAUGAGAACACGUUUGCCGAGAUCCUGACGUCGGAAGGGAAAUACUCUGACACAUUCGCUCGGAUCCUCUAUGAGCUGACCGCGAGGCCGAGCAACAAGGUGACGUCCGGACAAGCUAUUUGGGGAAACAUAAACUGAUGCAUGUGCUUGACCAUUCAACAUGUUGUUAAGAUCUAGACUCAGGAUGUAAUGUAGGCUCUUUUGUGUUGAAAUUUCAUUGAGUUUCUGAUUGCAUGUAACAAGACAUAGCUGUAUUUAGCUGCAUGAUAUGUUUGUGUUAGAACUUAGAACUCUGUUGGGAUGCUGAAGCCUGGACUCGAUGGUAGAACUUACCAUGUGCAUGUGAUGUAGUAUCUUGCUGGAAUAACGGUACUCGUUUGCUUUGUACUGAAGCUACUACAUUCAUUCC